AUGGGCAAACGCAAGAAGGCCGCCAAGAAGCCCCAGGGCCCCAAAAAGAACGAGCCUCUAACCACAGUCUUUCCCUGCCUCUUCUGUAACCACGAGAAGUCUGUCACCGUCAAGCUUGACAAGAAAUCCGGCGUCGGCCAUCUCUCGUGCAAGGUUUGCAACCAGCAGUUCCAAUGCGCCGUUAACUAUCUUUCUGCUGCUGUCGAUGUCUAUGCCGACUGGGUUGAUGCCUGCGAUGCUGUAGCCAAGCAGGAUACUGAAGAAGGUGGUGGUGGUGGUUUUGCCUCCUCCCGCGCCCCCGCCACGGCGGGUAGACCGAGUGCUGGUAGGGCCAGGGAUGAGGAAGAGGAAGAUAAUGACGAUGAUAUUCUUGACGAUGAAGAUGGGUUGGGAGGGUAUCGAGGGGAGGGCAUUGUUGGGGAUGAUGAAUACUAG